UGGAGUAUGACAGCCAGUGAGCGACUCGAUGUAGACGCGACCAAACGUUAUCCGCAGUAAAGAGACGUUCGAACGCGUUCUUGCGCUAAAAACGCAGCGCAACAGAACGCAGGUAGACGCGCUUUUGAAAGUUGACGUUCUUUCCAGACACGGCGUCUAAAAAACGCGGCGCUCCUGCGCGAGACCCUGAAAAAACAACUAGACGUGGCGCAGUGGUCAAAGACGUUCGUCCGUCAAUAGUGCGUUUAUAGUUUACAAAUGUUUACUCAGGAAACACGUUGGGGAAAGAGCGCCGACCACUAAUACGUUUAUAUACGUAAUAUUUGAUUGGCCGAUUGGAUGCGGACUUCAGAACCCUGACAGACGCGUCGCGUUCAGUAAAGACAGUCACGGAAGUAUCGACUUUCACUUCAACAUGGCUUCAUAUGUGACGAGUUGAGGAAAAACUGAGCCCCAUUACAGAUCGAAGGCUACUCUUUUUACCUUUCCCAGGGCGUCAAACUGGGACCAAAGCUUGGGAAAUCUAUUCAUGAGUUUAAACUGAGUACUUUUUUGUUUUGUUUAAGGUUUACACAGUGUGGGCUUCAGCCAUCAUGAACAAGACAGCAGUCUGAUGCCCUCUCUGUCAAUUCCGCCUGCCAUGGACGGGCACAGCUAUUCACAUCAGGAGGGAUCUCAACUGGACGCUGGAGGGUUCAUGCUACCUCCUGCUAUGAGCCAUGUGUUCGCCAACAACCCUUGGAGCUUUCCACAUCAGGCAUACAUCUGUCCUGUGCAAUCUGAAAACAAGCAACACCUUUUCAACGGCACGUCAGAGAUGCUCACAGAUGUGUUUAACAAUGGCUUCGACUUUGACUUCUCUAGUCUGGGUCUCCCUCAGAAUGGAGACCUCCCUCAGGAUCUCUCUUGUCUAGAUGAUCUAUCAAUUUUUUCUCCUCCAAACGACUCCUUGUCCGAAUACACAGAUCAUAAUUUCCUCAAUACUGACAACAUGGCACCUAAUGUGCCCACAAUAUGGGACAUCAACACACCGCCAUUAGUCCCAGAGUCGAAUUCUAACAGGUUUCAAGGUUUAAACUCUUUGGAUGACAUCACUGCUAUCAUAAAUACACCACCAAUAGGAGGUUAUCAGAGACCCCAAACACAGCCAGAAGAGGAAGAGGAAGUAGAGGUGGAGGAGACAGAAGAGCUUGGUCACGUUGACACCUACGCAGACUAUAGGCCCUCUAAAUCCAAGAUAGGAAUAUCCCACCCAGACCGAGUGGUUGAGACCAACACUUUAUCCAGCGUACCUCCUCCAGAUAUCACCUACAGCUUGUCCAUACCAGAGUCCACCAUAAACAGCGGCCUUCUCUCUGCCCUGCAGCUGGAGGCCAUUAUCUAUGCCUGCCAGCAACAUGAAGUCAUCCUGCAGAACAACCAGAGGGCCGGCUUCCUCAUCGGGGAUGGUGCUGGAGUGGGCAAAGGCCGCACAGUGGCUGGCAUCAUUCUAGAAAACUACCUAAAGGGAAGGAAGAAAGCACUGUGGUUCAGUGUCUCCAAUGACCUGAAAUAUGAUGCAGAGAGAGAUCUCCAAGACAUCGGGGCACCCAAUAUACAAGUGCAUGCCUUGAAUAAGAUAAAGUAUGGAGACACAGCUACCUCAGAAGGGGUGCUUUUUGCGACAUACUCAGCACUGAUUGGGGAGAGUCAGGCAGGUGGCCAGCACCGAACACGCUUGAAGCAGAUCCUAGACUGGUGUGAACCAUGUUUUGAUGGAGUUAUUAUAUUCGACGAAUGCCAUAAAGCCAAAAAUGCUACAUCCACAAAGAUGGGCAAGGCUGUGCUGGAUCUGCAGAACAAGUUGCCACUGGCAAGAGUGGUGUACGCCAGUGCCACAGGUGCCUCUGAACCAAAGAACAUGAUCUACAUGAGUCGGCUGGGGAUCUGGGGAGAGGGAACCCCUUUCAGAACCUUUGACGACUUCCUCCAUGCUAUUGAGAAAAGGGGUGUGGGAGCCAUGGAGAUUGUGGCAAUGGAUAUGAAGGUCAGCGGGAUGUACAUUGCACGUCAGCUCAGUUUCUCAGGGGUUUCUUUCUGCAUAGAGGAGAUCAGCUUGGAUGAUGAUUUUAAACUUGUCUACAACAAAGCUGCCAAACUUUGGGCGGAAGCCUUGGCUGUAUUCAUGCAGGCAGCUGAUGAGUUGUGCAUGAGCUCCAGAAAGUCCUUGUGGGGUCAGUUUUGGUCAUCCCACCAACGUUUCUUUAAAUACCUCUGCAUCGCUGCCAAGGUGCGCUGUCUAGUGGAACUGGCUAAAAAGGAGUUGGAAGCAGGAAAGUGUGUAGUAAUAGGACUACAGUCAACAGGUGAGGCUCGAACUAGAGAAGUACUUGAUGAAAAUGAUGGACAACUAGACAGAUUUGUUUCUGCUGCAGAGGGUGUGUUUCAAUCUCUGGUCCUUAAACAAUUCCCAUCAGAGAAGCAGAGGACAGAAAAAGGAGCAGGAAACAAGAGGAAACGUAAGCCACGGGGAAGGCAGGCCAAGCAAGCCAGACAAGGUACUGACACAGCAGGAGUGAUUAUCAACAUUAGCGAUGACAGCAGCACUGAGUCUGACGCCAUGGACAGUGACUCCAACUCUUCGCCUGACUCUGUCCAGGACAACAGUGAUGAUGUCGUCUUCGUCAAUCACACUAGCUAUCAAAUGGCACGGUUAGAGGAGAUGAAACAAGGGCUUCUCAACAAGAUCUCUGAACUGGGAAAAGAACUACCUCUCAACACACUGGAUGAGCUAAUAGAUAAAUUUGGAGGUCCAGAAAAAGUAUCUGAGAUGACAGGACGUAAAGGCCGAGUAGUGCGUCGGCCAGAUGGCAGCGUCGGAUACGAGUCCCGUGCUGAGCAGGGCCACACCAUCGACCAAAUCAACAUCAAAGAGAAGGAUCGCUUCAUGAAUGGAGACAAGUUGGUGGCCAUCAUAUCAGAAGCAGCCAGUUCAGGGAUCUCACUUCAGGCUGACAGAAGGGUGAAGAAUCAGCGGCGAAGGGUUCAUAUGACCCUGGAACUGCCUUGGAGUGCCGACAGGGCUAUCCAGCAGUUUGGCCGCACUCAUCGCUCCAACCAGGUCACAGCACCAGAGUACAUCUUCCUUAUUUCCGAACUGGCAGGAGAGCGGCGAUUCGCAUCCAUCGUGGCAAAGAGGCUUGAGAGCCUGGGAGCUCUGACUCAUGGUGACAGGAGAGCAACAGAGUCUAGAGACCUGAGCAAAUAUAACUUUGAAAAUAAAUAUGGUACCAAGGCUCUAGAUAAGAUUACCAAAGCCAUCCUUGGUCAGAUUGAAAGCAAGGUACCCCCUCCAAAGGACUAUCCUGGUGGUGAUGCCAUGUUCUUUAGAGACAUAAAGCAUGGUAUGAUGGACGUAGGCUUGCUCUGCAGUCAGUCACGCUUGGGUAUCAACACAGAGAAAGACUGCAACAUCACCAAGUUCCUCAAUCGGAUCCUGGGCCUGGAGGUGCACAAACAGAACUCCCUUUUCCAGUACUUCACAGAUAACUUUGACUACUUGAUUGAAAAUGACAAAAAAGAGGGCAAAUAUGACAUGGGAAUACUGGAUUUGGCUCCAGGUAAUGAUCAGAUCUAUGAGGAGACACAGGAGAAGUUUCUUACUGCUGGAAACCCUCAAGAUGGCCAAGUUACCCUUUAUAAGAUAAGUGUAGAUAGAGGUAUGCCAUGGUCGGAGGCUUUCCAGAAGGUCCAAACUCUCAGCAACCCUGAUGAAGGCUUCUACUUGUCCUAUAAAUUAAGAGGUAACCAUCCAUGCGUGCUGCUAGCCGUGCAGGGCAGUGAACGCAACAUGAUCAUCUACAAACCAAACAUCGGCAAGCAGGCCCAAAUGGAUUGCCUUGAUAACCUCCAGCAAAAAUACCGCAAGGUCUCUCCAGAGGAGGCAAAGGAAAGCUGGGAGAGUCAGUUCACUUUUUCAUUCAAGAAAUGUAGCCACGCUAACUGGAAUGGGAGAUGUAAAAAGGUGGAGGAGGGUAAGGAGUGCUUGAUGGGCACUCGGUUGCGUCAGUACCACAUGCUUUGCGGCGCUCUGCUUCGCGUCUGGAAACGGGUCUCUGAUGUGGUCGCUGAUAUCACCAGCUCCAGCAUUCUACAAAUUGUACGACUCAAGACCAAAGACAGCAACAAGCAAGUUGGUAUAAAAAUCCCAGAGACCUGUGUGUCAAAGGUGCGUCAAGAGCUCUUGAAAAUGGACACAGAGGUGAAGCAGCGUCGACGGGAAAAGGAGCAGCAGGCUCUGGAGCAGCGACAGGCCGAGGAGCAACAGAGGCUGAUGGAGCAGCGGCAACAGGAGUUCUUGUCCAAGUUAUUCACCACAUCUAUGCCAGCUCUUAGUCUGGCUAGCCUCUCCACCACAUACACGGGCCCCAUCUCCUUCCCUUCUUUCCCUUCUGUGAAAAACCCUUUGGAGGAAAUCCUGGACCUGACGGUUCACAAUUCCUCGCACUCCUCACCAGUUAGCACUCAAGCUGGCCUGAGCAUAGACAAUCUCUCUGGGUCAUCUGGAUCUACAGUGGAUGACUUCAACUUUGAAGCUUUUAUUCAACAAGAGCAGCAGCAGCAACAACCACAACAAGAGAGUGCGUCCACACAGGAAAGCAAUGCACUGCCGGCGAAUGACCUGUUAGAAUUGUUGUUCUCAUUAAAUUCAAUAACAACACCCCCUAGCCAGACUAUCCCUGCUUCUUCCUCUUCAGACACACCUUCAUCGGCAGCCAUGGUGUCAUCAUGUGUCUUCUCUUCCACUCCAGCUUCCUCCUCUUCCACGUCUUCCUUCCAGUUCACUCCCUCACAAGCAUCGUCAUCCUUAUCUUCUUCAUUACCCCUUUUCUCUCUUCCUCCUACGGACCAGCACAUACUUCCAUUGCCCAAUGGUCAUUGCAGCUCUGAAGCCAUUAUAAACGUACGGGAGGUGUUGAACAACAUGCUGCGGAGCGGACCAGAACCACGCCAGUCCGUCAUUCAGUAUCCACUACCUGAGUGAGACCCUUUCUAGUCAGACGCUCCUUUAAAUGAACACACUCAGGGAUGUAGUCUCACCACUGGCGGUGAUCUGCGCGUUCGCCACUGACCUCGGUUUCACAAGCAUGAGGUUCUGCUUUGUGCGAAAGAGGAAGAUGGUUCUGACCAGUUUUUGAGAACAACAAUUGUUUGCUGAGAAGCCAUUUGUUUUAAUGUGGUGUCCAAAUGUCUGCUCAAAUGAAAAGUUACAUGAGCAUGUUUUCUGCCAACAUCCAUAUUGAGGAUGAUCCCAACACAGUUUGUCUUUAAAAAAAAAAGCUCAAUACUGCUUUAUACAGUUCUCCAGAACAUCUUGGAUAUUCACUGAGGUGGUUAUUCCGGUUGUAACAAUCAAUGGAAAAUUCUGUAAUUCUGUCAUAUUUUAUACACUGGGGGCUGAAAUAGUAUUGAUUUACCAAAAAUAGGUAGGGGGGGCAGUUCAGACCAAAUGUGUUCUCACACUAAAAAAAGCUGGACACAGAGCAAUGAAUACAACCCAACGCAGGUGCCACGAGAUGCACUUUUAAAAGUUGAAGUGCUUUUUAAUCUGACUUGGCUUUUAAAAAAACGUGGCACUCUGCACAAGAUGCUGUAAAAACAGCUAAACGUGGUGCAAUGGUCGAAGAUGUCCUAAGAUCUAGUGCAUAUUUACAUUGAAAAACUAUGGAAAAAAACAGCACAGAUGGAUGUUUGGUGUGAACUGCCCCCAACAGCCCUUUGCUUUAAGUGAGUAUAAAGUUAUUUCAGGUUUGUUGAAGGUAUGUCCUAUAACAUUGUGCAGUAUAUUUAGCUUAUGCUCCGCCCACCGGUGAAGUCGUACAAGCCUCAAAUCUGCAAAAUGGACUACAAAUUUCACAUCAGCGAGGAGCAUGUUUGCAUUUUGUUUUGCGUUGAACAAUCAUCAGCUUUACAUUUCCACAAUAAAUCUCUGGUAGACAAAACACUUUUCCAAAGGAGCAAGAGAACAGGCUGCUGUUGAAAUGUGCCUUUGGAACAUACAAUUGAAUGUAGAUGUUUAAACACAUAAUCCUGUGCAGUUUAUGUGCAGAUAUUUGUAUUUAUUGCCUUAAUUUAUCUCUAUAUUGUUCUAACAUAGAACAGUCGGUCCUGCUGUCCCCAAUCUCACAAUGUAGUAAGACAAAAUGGUAACAGUCUAUUAGUAAAUUGAUUGGUUGAUUGAUCCGGAAAGGCCUUUAGUCACAUCUGGUUCUACUAUCUUAAAAAAUUUACUUUGUGCUCUGGAAAUUUAUCAACAAUUUCCAUCCAUCCCAGUUAGGAAACAUAAAGAGACUGUGACAUCAACAAUGCAAUGUUAAAUGCAUUGUGGGUAAAUCCAAAAAAGAGCAACAAAGCUUUUAUCCUGUUGAAAUUGAGCACUUUUACACCCUAGUUGUACUAGUGACACUUGUCCACAUUGUUAAAAUGUGACCAUGUUUCUUUAUUUAAUAGGUUCAAAAAGCCUAAUUUAAUGUCACAGAUCCUUGCAUAAUCUGUACGAGGAGAAAAACAUUGGUAAUGUGUAUACGAAUUACUUGAUUCUUUUUAUUUAAUUUUAAAGGGACAACCAGUGUUUUAUAUUUUUGUUUCAAUUUUAUGUUUUAGUGAUACUAUGAUAUUUGUAAUUGUGCAAAUAAAAAAAUACAAAAAAUCGUAUAAGUAAACAGAAGAACAAAUGAUUUAAAACCAAUUAAAAUUUUACUAGCUUAUAUCGCUCUGUUCUUUACAGCUGGGCUCGGUGGUUGAACUCUUUUUUUUUUGUAGCUUUGAUUAUUGUUUGUUGUCAUUCUUUAUGCAAAUGAAAUAUACAUUAUAUAUUUUGCGGCAAUAGCCAGAUAUGAAUAUUUAACUGAAACACAAAUACUUAUCCAACAGAGUUUACUGGCUCCAUUGUGUGAAACCACUCCCUAUCUCAGGAAGAAAUCUAUUAGUUAAAGAUGUCAUUUUUUGUACCAAAUCAGAUAAUAUUAUGUUUACUGUGUGCGUUAAGACAUGUUUCAUCUUAUAUGUGAAAUAUACCCUCAUGACAGAUCAAAUAUUAUUUAUUUAUCCAUUUUUGCUUAUUCUCUAAACAAAUUUCUUGCUUUAUUCUUCGUUAAGGGAAUUUUUUCAGCCACAUCGCCAAAUAAUGCUGACAGGCUUUGCUCAAACGAAUUUGCACAAUGAACUGUGCAAUUUCUUGUAGUUUCUCUCUUGCUUAUAGUUAUAACACACAAUGUUUAGUUCCCAUUAGGUUCAAUGAAAUUCAAGCAUUUUACUGAUUCAUUGUCAUUAGUUUGUUGAAUGAUUUCCUCCAGUGAAUAUGUAAGCACAUCUAAUAAUUCACAUUUUAACUUUAGAAAUUAAGUGAUUUUGGUAGGUCUCAACCUAUUUAUGAACCCAUUUAUGGUUUUCUCAGUGCCUCCCCAAAAAUAGCCAAUGAAAAAGAUGAACGCAGGACUAAAGCUUUUGUUAUGCACUCUAAUAAAGUGUCUUAUACAAUGACGAAAGCACUAUAUAAUGAGGCUAUGAUAGUGGGACAAAGUCAAAUCUACCCUCUGUUACUUAAAAAGUACUUUUGACUUAUUCUUUGUAUGAUUUGCACUAAAACAGACUAAACAAGUUUCUGUCUGUUGUGUGAUACAGUGCUGCCAUGUUUGUUUCCUCUUGGCCCUUCAUGGGAAUGUGUUCAAUACUGUAACCUUCUCAAUAGAUUGCCUUCACUUUUAUAUCAAUAUGGCAUUUACGUAAUGUAUUGCUUCGUAAAUAAGAUUGCUACUAGAAAACAUGCUACUGAAUGUAUGUAUCUUGAAACGUUUUAUUCCUGUGUUUUUCUGUCUGUCACUUUUAUUGUUGGUUUUGCUUUUUGUCGUUUUCAGUAUUUAUAAUUUAGAUCCAUUUGUAUAUAUUGUAAAAACAAAUUGUGCCUUUCAACUGUUUCUUAAAGAAAUUGUUUUCUACUUGUAUCUUAAUAAAAAGAACAUAUCUCAAUUCAAAUUUUGUUAUUAACAAAGCAGCAAGUAAAACA